AUGGAGAUUUAUUACUUGCAUGGGUGGAUGAAUUUCGAACAUCAAAGGUUAUACGAAGCUAUUGUCAAUCUUCAUAGUGUCCUUGCUUGCCAAGGUUGUGGGAUGUUAUGGCAGCGUGACAAGAAUGCUUCUAAAAAUAUGUAUCAAAUUUUAAAAGCUGUACUUUAUGGAAAUGAUCGCUCUGCUAUAUUUCAGCAAAGUUCGAAUUAG